AACACACAUACACGAGCCGGCGGCUAUAAAUAGGGCUGCGCGCAACGCACACAGAGACAUUUCACCCCCAAAUCAAAGGAAACACUCUCGUGAGCGAGAUACGCUGGGAAACCGAAUAACGGCUGACUUUUGACCAUUCACUCGAUUGCGCUGCAAUUUGUGUCGUUGCGUAGUGUAGUGUAAAGGCUUCGAGAUGCUUUGGGGUGGAUUUUACGUGAAACACGUCGUGGUGGCAGCUGUGUGCUCCGUGCUGGCAACAGGGACAGUCACGAUGGGGUCCCCGGUGUUGGCGCCGGAGCCGAUCCGGUGCUCGCCGUGCACUCCCGAGAGGCUGAGCCAGUGUCCGCCGGUGGAUCCCGGGUGCGCGGAGGUGCUGAGGGAGCCCGGCUGUGGAUGUUGUCCCGCCUGCGCCCUGGCGGCCGAUGAGCUCUGCGGCAUCUACACGGCGCCGUGCGGCUCCGGACUGAGGUGCAGCCCGAAGCCCGGGGACCCCCGACCGCUGCAUUCUCUCACCCGGGGACAAGCCGUGUGCACGGAGAGCUCCGAGCCCAAACCGACUGAGGAGCUUCAGACACAAGAUCCGGGCGAGCAGGAGGCUGAGAUGGAAAAUGUCGCCGUGGUCUCGGACCCAGGCUUCAGUUACUACCUCCCCGGCCAGACUAAGCCAUACGACCCGAGGGCGGCUGCCGACGCGCAGGAGAGCAUGAAAGCCAAACUCGUCGCCAUCCGCAAAAAAUUAGUCGAGCAGGGGCCUUGUCACAUCGAGCUGCAAAGAGCCUUGGAGAAAAUUGCCAAAUCGCAACAGAAACUUGGAGACAAGCUGACCAGAUUCUACCUCCCCAACUGUGACAAACACGGGCUUUACAAGGCCAAGCAGUGUGAAUCAUCUCUGGAUGGCCAAAGGGGACGAUGCUGGUGCGUGAACUCCUGGAAUGGCAAGAAGAUUUUAGGCUCCGGCGAGCUGUUGGCGGAUUCCGAGUGCUCUUAAGCAAGAAUCUCCCAAAGAAAAAGAAGCGAGCCACUGAUUUUCCAUUUUGAUAGCUGUUUAUUUAUUGACCCGAUCCUUGGUGGUGUUUGAAUCAGGUACACUGUUGUUGUGGGACUGCCAUUGCCCCGUUCUGUCCCAAAGAGAAGAGCAAGAGUCUAUUUUUGCUUUUCAAAAUGGAGAUUUUAAUAUUGAUACGUAUUUACUUUUCAGUCUAUUUAUUUCAGUUGGGUUGAAUGUGUGCUGUGGUUGUGUCAUUAUUAUUAUUUUUGGUAUUUAUGACAUUUCUGUGUUACUGUUUUUUUUUAUUAUUGGCUGUUCAAUGUGUAUAUAUUUAUCUUGGCCCUGACUAACUCCAUUGCUGAGUUGAGCUCGUUGUACCGUCGAAGUUGUCUGGAGGUUUGCACGUGACAAACCAAGCGAGAAUGAAAGCACUGAGCGUUUAAAUGUCAAUGAUUGCUGUUGUUGUUGACUUUUUUUGCUUUUAAAUAUUUUGAUAUAAUUUUCUACAUUGCUGCCAUUUAAAUGUCUUUCAAGACCUGAUGCGAAUCAGCAUCAGCUCUUGGGAGUGACUGCAAGGCUGUCCAAUUGGAACAAGGACGUAGUCUCAAAAAACAUCUCCUCGGCCGGGUUCCUCGCGGGCGCCGCCAUUUUGACGCACCUCCGCUCAGACGGGUAUUUCAACAUUUACCUACCUCCAGUAUUGAUGUGUCCUCUCGCAAUUAUGUUUGUGUGUCUGUUGACAAGACUUGCUACUCGACCUCGUAUGUUGCCGUUCUCUCGGGAUAAGAACACGUGACCACAUGGAAGGAGUCCCACGCUUGAACCGUGCCGUGGUUCUCGAGUGGCGCCUCUCUUCUGAUCUACAUGCUGCUGAUGGAGAGGAUUGUUUCUAUUGAUUCCAAAGAGACUAACCGACCGCUUGCUCACUUUUGUAAUUGAGAUGUAAUGUAAGAAACCCAAAGGUGAUAUAUUUAAUAAAAACAUGACUUAA